UAACUAUAUCGCAUGGUGUUGUGUCCGAUCUACAAACAAGGGUUUUAUCUCUCUCUCUCUCCCGAGCUUCGCCGUUGGCUGAACGACUACCGUUGAAUUGAUAUCUUCCUCUCCAUUCUGAUUCUGAUUCUGAUUCGAUUCGAUUCGAUUCUCUCUCUCAAUUUUAAGGUUCGCGGAUAAGAAAAGAUACAAAGUUACUCUCUUUGGUUGUUUUCUGCUAGAAAGUUACAAACUUUUUUCUAGAUUUUUAGCAACAUUCAGUUAUGAGUACAUCAUGGGCAGACGUGGCUGAUUCAGACAACGCCGCUUCCAGGGCCAAACCUGCUUACGUUCCCCCUCAUUUAAGGAACAGACAAUCCGAGCCUGCUGCUCCUUUGCCAGGAAAUGAACGUGGUGGAUACGGUGGUCAACCAUCUCGCUGGGCUCCUGGCGGUGGCGGUGGCGGUGGAGGUGGAGGUGGUUAUAGGGCUGAUGCAGGGCGUACCGGCUACGGUUACGGCGGACGAGGAACUACUGGCGGUGGUGGUGGUUGGAACAACAGAGGUGGAGGAGGAGGAGGAGGAUGGGACCGUGAAGUGAAUCCCUUUGGAGAUGAUGUUGAUCUAGAGCCUGCCUUCACCGAUCAGGAGAACACCGGCAUUAACUUUGACGCCUAUGAAGAUAUCCCCAUUGAGACCAGCGGCGGUAACGUGCCUCCUCCUGUCAACACGUUCGCGGAGAUUGAUCUCGGGGAGGCGUUGAAUCUCAACAUCAGGAGGUGCAAGUACGUGAGGCCGACGCCAGUGCAGCGUCACGCGAUUCCGAUCCUGCUUGCUCAGAGGGAUUUGAUGGCGUGUGCUCAGACAGGGUCUGGGAAGACCGCUGCCUUUUGCUUUCCGAUCAUUAGUGGGAUCCUGAGAGAUCAGAAUCCGCAGAGGCCUCGUGGCUCGCGGACUGUUUACCCUCUUGCUGUUAUCCUCUCGCCAACAAGGGAGCUGGCAAGCCAGAUACAUGAUGAAGCCAAAAAAUUCUCUUACCAAACUGGUGUGAAGGUUGUUGUUGCUUAUGGAGGAACACCUAUUAACCAGCAGCUAAGGGAACUGGAGAGAGGAGUUGACAUCCUUGUGGCAACUCCUGGCCGGUUGAAUGAUUUGCUAGAGAGAGCUAGAGUCUCGAUGCAGAUGAUUAAGUUCUUAGCUCUUGAUGAAGCGGACAGGAUGCUGGACAUGGGUUUUGAGCCACAAAUUAGAAAGAUCGUUGAAGAGAUGGACAUGCCUCCACGUGGGAUGAGACAAACAAUGCUGUUUAGUGCUACGUUCCCUAGCGAGAUCCAGAGACUCGCUGCUGAUUUUCUGGCGAACUAUAUAUUUUUGGCUGUGGGAAGGGUGGGUUCAAGCACUGACCUAAUUGCUCAAAGGGUUGAGUUCGUACACGAGUCUGACAAGAAAAGCCAUCUCAUGGACCUGCUACACGCCCAGAGAGAGACUGGCAACCAUGACAAGCAAUCAUUGACAUUGGUGUUUGUGGAGACUAAGAGGGGAGCCGACUCAUUGGAAAACUGGUUGUGCAUGAAUGACUUUCCAGCAACCACCAUUCACGGUGACAGAACACAACAGGAAAGAGAAGUGGCACUGAAGUCCUUCAAAAGUGGGAGGACACCCAUUCUGGUCGCAACAGACGUGGCAGCACGUGGUCUCGACAUUCCACACGUGGCUCAUGUGGUUAACUUCGAUCUACCAAAUGACAUUGAUGACUAUGUUCACCGCAUCGGGAGAACAGGACGUGCAGGCAAAUCCGGGGUAGCUACCGCUUUCUUUAAUGAGAAGAAUGCACAGCUGGCUAGGCAGCUCGCUGAGCUGAUGCAAGAAGCCAAUCAAGAGGUGCCUGAGUGGCUCACGCGAUACGCUUCACGUGCUUCAUUUGGCGGGGGUAAGAAACGGUCUGGUGGAAGGUUUGGUGGCCGUGACUUCAGAAGGGAAGGCUCUUACGGCGGUAGGGGAGGAGGCAGUGGUGGCGGUGGAAAUGACUACUAUGGUGGAGGAGGAGGAGGCUAUGGUGGCGGUGGAUAUGGUGGUGCACCAAGUGGUGGCUAUGGUGGACAAGUGACCAGUGCGUGGGAUUAGCCAAUUAAGGCUUCCCAAAUUUUCUGUCCUUUUAACUUUGACUCUUUAUUUCUUCUCUAUAUUCACAAGAGAGCACAUUGUAUUUUGACUCAUUCAAGAGAGAGAUUACAACUCAUCUAGGUGAGUCUCUGUUUUUGUUUUCAGGCUAGACAGUAGUGUUUCCGAUUUUGAUCUUGUUCUUGGUUUCUUCUAACAAAUUCAUUUGUUGGUUUGAAAUCCAAUUUGUCCUACUUUCCUUUGUUGUGGACUAUCUUUCUUGGUGAAAUACAAACUCUCUUUA